AUGGGAGUUGUAGUCGUCAUGGACCAUCACUUCCUGCUUUGUCGAGGAACACCAGGAAAGUGUUGCUCUUGACGCAAAAGUUGUUCUUCUAUCAAACGUCUUCGCCCAAGUCAAGUCGCGAUCGGCUUCGAGUCAGCAUGUCCAUAAUGGAGCAUGUCGGCGUGCGUCCAGUCACUGCUGUUGCAUGGACGUCUAACACUGGAACUUGCCCAAAAGAUUUCACUUUGAUCAGCAUUACAGAAGACGGAUCAGCAGCGAACUUCACACGGAGCUUUGCAAUGAGGUCUGGCUAUUACCUGUGUUACAGCAAGUCCACGUCUUCAGGGAUGGUGGUGUCGGACAUCGUGCUGCUGUCCGACAAGGACUCCAUCCGUCCUGGCUACUGUUACAUCCAGGAACACCUUGAAGCAAAGGCUUCUGUUACCAAAAAGAAACGCCUGUGUGUGCGUGUCGUCCCUGUGGGCAGCGUGGACACCGCGGUGUUGGACAUUAAAGUCACCACCAAAAGCAAAAUGAUGCUCCAGCAGUACACUUGUUUGGGAGACAUCAAUGGUUACGUUAUGUGGUGUAAGAAGGGCCCGUUUGCCAGUCCACUGCCGCAAGCAAAACCCCGCAGUGUGUCCCUGGACCUCCGCGGGCUGUCGCUGGAUCAACUGCAACCUCCGUUCCCUCUCAGACCCAGCAACCCUCCUCCUCCUCUUCCACCUCCUGUGAGACUGAGCCAAAGGCGCCACAGUCUUUCAUCCAAGGACACUGUUGACAAACCCGCUGAUGGAAGUCUGCAAACCAUCACAGCUCUGGACGGAGUUCCUUUUAGCCUCCACCCCAAGUUUGAAUCCAGUGCAAAUGGCAUGGCUCCUCAUUUGAACGCACAGUUGAACAACAUUCGCAUAAAGUCUCUUCAGGAUAUUGAGAAUGAGUAUAGUUACACGUUUGCUGUUGAGGAAUCUGCAGCCAAGAGGACCAGGACUUUGGUGGCGACCGCUCAGUGACCUUUGCACUUUACAUCAAACCCCAAAUCACACUAAAUACGUGUCUAUGUAAUCAUCAAACAGUCCAGCUCCAGUGGAACACUUCAUGUUUUUCCUGUUUCAUUUUGUUGCUACAAAUUUUGGGCUUGGUAAAUUCCUCAAUGCCAAAGACGUUUGACUCUAAAGGGCAAAACUGGGUUAUAUUAUUCUUUUUAGGGCAUAAUCCUGUCUGUAACUGACAUUUUUUGGCUUAGUUACCGGCAGAACUGAGACUUGAUUGACUUGUUGCACGUGAUGCAGUCAGAUGCCGUUCUGUAUCUACAAGUCAGCGAUCAUUUUAAUGUAAAAAGUGACCUGUUUUUCAGUUUGGAGAGAAGUGGCUUUUUCUAAACGUGUAUGUGAAGCAUCUCUUUUUUUAUAUUCACUGCUGAGAGGUAUGGAUAUUUAUCACUGUACUCUGUAUUUACAAA